AUGUCGGAGAAGGUUCGGGUUGGCAUUCUCAGCACAGCGUCCAUUGUGGGCAAAGUGUUGCCCGGCCUCAAGCACGGUAUGGAGGUGGUCGGAGUCGCGUCUCGAGAUCGUCAGAAGGCCCAGGAGUUCUGCAAGGAGCACGACUGCGGGGAGGGAAUGCUCUACGACGAGAUGCUCGCGCGGGACGACGUGGAUGUGCUCUACGUCCCGCUGCCCACGGGCCUGCGCAAUGAGAAGAUCGUGCAAGCGAUCUCGCGAGGCAAGCAUAUCUACUCUGAGAAGCCGAUGGGAGGUACGGUGGCCGAGCUAGCGGACAUCAUCAAGCAGUGUGAAGAGAAGGGCCUGCAAUGGAUGGAUGGCACCAUGUGGUACCAUUCAAUCAGGACAAGGGAGAUUGAGAAGAAGCUGUCUGGUGGUGAGCUGGGGCAGGUGCUGAGGGUCUCGGCAUCUUUCACCUUCAUGGCUCCGGAUGAGGCCUGGCUCCAGGGCGGCAACGGCCGAACGGACAAGUCGCGCGAGCCCAUGGGCUGCCUGGGCGACCAAGGUUGGUAUCCGCUCUCGGCCAUUCUCUGGGCCUUUGGGUGGAUCAUGCCAGAGAAAGUGGUGUGCACCCACGUCACCCUCAACAAGGUCGACACCAUUGUUCACUGCGCGGGCACCUUGUGGUUCCCAGGCAACAGAUCUGCAGUCUUCGAUUGCGGGUGCACGGCGCCCCACCGAAGUCAGUAUGAGGUCGUCUGCGAGAAGGGCACCAUCAGGGUCGAUGAUCUCGUGGGAGGACAGCAGAGGAGCGGGAACUUCACCGCCUACGAGACCCCCUUUGUCGGCAGUGCGGAGUACGUCCAAGGUGAUGUCAUGGGCAAGGACCAGGUCAUGAAAGCUGAAGCCUGUGACCACGUGAAUGCGCUGGUGGAUGACUUGGCGAGCUGCAUCAAGGGCAUCAAAGCCGGCGGCAAGCCCGAUCCGGACUGGCCAAAAAGAUCCCUGGCCGUUCACAAGGUCAUGUCGGCUGUCUUCGAGUCAGCACAGAAAGGCGGAGCAGCCGUAGACAUUACCGGGGGAUACCCGGGAGUGCAGUUCCUCUCCCACCAGAGCAAGAUCGCCACCAAGAUCGAGCUCUUCACUGGCCUGGCCUCGGCAUCGGGUGCCACCGUAGAGGCUGUGCAGUUCAAGCGCCUGGGGUACUUGUCUUUGGACAGCAACGAGCGCUCCCAGUUUCAGGCGCGAGAACUGAAGAGCGUCUACGUGGACGUGGUAGCACAGUUCCUGAGAAUCCUCUUUCACAAGUGCCACAUCAACCGCUACAAUGCGCUGAACCAAGUGGGGCUCAUUGCCCUCAGCUGCCUGGGAGAGGUCGUGCCCCCGGCGGAGAUGCCAGUCCAAGUGGUUCCGGCUGCCAGCGCUGUCGUUUCCGCACCUCCGAAGGUUCCCGUGCCUGAAGCUAAGCAACCGCCGCCAGUGGCAUCCCCGGUUGCAGCGCCUCAAGCGCCAUCUCCCGUUGUGGAACCGCCGCCGCCGCCCCCGGCGCCGACGACCCCAACUCCGAGACAGCAGCCGACAAUUUCAAAGGUCGUGAGUGAUCUAGCCGACUUGGAUGAGACCAAGUACGACGCCAAGACACUGGAGCGGCUGAGAAACUUGGUGCUGGAGAAGCAGCAGUGCGUCGAAACAGAGGACUACGGCGGGGCGAAGCGGUGCAAGGACGCCAUCUUGAUGCUGAAGCAGAAAGGCCUGCAGAUCUGUGAGCUCGAGGAGCAGAAGCGGGCCGCUGUGGAAAACGAGGAGUAUGACACGGCCAAGUCGCUGAAGCUGGAGAUAGACAGGCUGCGGGGAGAGUGCGAGCGAGCUGGCGAGGAGAAGGAGCCCAUGCAGACCCCGCAGGCUUCCGCGCAGCGGCGAUCUCCGCAGCCCCAGCAGCGUUCUGCGCCUUGCCAGGCCGCCACAGCGAGGACCGCAGCGGCAGCACAGGCAACCCCACCGGCGCCUGUGCGGGUCAGCCUCGAGAAUUUCGAGGCACCGCCGAUGUCUGCAGCGGCGCCCUCGCAAGGCAGACGGAGCUACCGAUCUGUGACAGAGGAUGAGGCAGCAACAGCUUCCUUUCCAGAUGAGAUGCCAGUGACGCCUUCGGCGGGCAGCACAGCAAAGCCGUACCCUUCCAGUGCAAGGGCAGGCGACCGUGGUGCGGGCGACCGCGCUGCUGGCUUCCGCUCGGCUGCCAAUGGGAUGCGCGGCUACGCCUCGGAAGAGUCCAUUCCGGAUGCAAAGCAUCCUCUGGGAGGGGUUCCGAACUUGGAGGACCUAGGGCAGCCGGAUCCGAUACCGACGCAUCUCCAGGCCGAAGCAGAGCCACUAUGUUCGGUCUUCGGGUCGUACAUCAUUCAAUGCGUUUACUCAAAGUCGUGGAGUUUGAGAGAUGCCGCGCUGCAAAAACUGGCGCUGCAGAUCGCCCACCCUGAGAACUUGAACGUGCAGGAUGCGGAUCGCUUACUGAGUGCUUACGUUGCCAUCCUCGUCCGGACGAUUCCAGACAAGAACGUGCAGGUCUUUCACUCUAGCUCGCUGCUGCUCAAGGCGGUGUGCAACGACCUCAUCAGUGGCGCCUCCUUCGGCCGAGCGCGUCAGGCUUCCUUGGAGCCUCUCUUGGUUCCCCUGGCAGAGCGGCUUGGGGAUGGCAAUGCACGCGUCGAGAAGACAGCCCGGGAUGCUCAUUGGGACAUUGCUCGAAGUGUCGGUGCGGCUUUUUCAGCUCAGCACCUCCUGCGUGCCCCGAAGAAGAAGACCGUGCCGCCGCGGGUGUUCUCCUCGCGUCUGCAGCUCCUGGCUGCGCUGGUCUCUGAGUUCGGUGUGCAGCCAAAGAGCCACGACGGCAUUGCCCUGGAGCCGGCAGCGCAGCUGGCCAUGGAGUGGUUCAGCAAUCCGGCGGCUGAAGUUCGGGAGAGCGCGGUGAAAUUGAUGGCGGCCUGCUACAUCCACGUUGGUCUCAGCCGCAUAGAGAUGUAUCUCGCGAACCUCCGACAGGCUCAGAGAGAGGUCUUCGAUGCCGAGUUUCAGCGAGUAUCACACGCCAAGGCCCUGGGCCCUGGCCAGCCUUCGGCCCAGGGCGCGGGCCUGGCGGAAGGCCACCAGAGCGUGGAUGCUUCCGAAGCAGAGGAUUCUGAUGAGAGCCUCGACGAGUUCUUUUGCCAGUUCUGCGGUCGGGAGGAUCCCAACUUCACCUUGGCCGCAUUGGACAUUCACUACUGGCGGGAGUGUCCCAUGCUCUCUGCCUGCAAGCUUUGCGAGCAGGUGAUCGAGAUCUCGCGAAUGCACUGGCACUUGAUGGAGGAGUGUGAAGUCGGCGAAGCAGCGGUAGCUGAAGCUCGUCGCUUCAGCGCAGACAGGUGCCCGCUCUGCUUCUGCAGAGUUUGCCCGGCCGGCACUUCCCCGGACGAGCGUGACUGGCAAGAGCACCUGCUUGUGAUGGGCUGUCAUUCGAAUCCGCGCGUGCGGUCCAGUGCAGUCAGCUAA